GUAGUUCUCCCAACCCGAAUUUACCUGAAGCCAAGCCCAAAGACUUUGGAGGAUACCUCAAUGAACAAGAUAUUCAUCCCAAAAGGCACAUAUUGGGGGUGGUCUUCCUUGAUAGCCGAUCACACUCAACACCCAACCUUCAUCCCACUGUUUAAGCCGAUCAAACCAAUCCCACCUUGGACGGAAAGUCAAGAAUGGAAGCGCCAAAGAUGGCAUACCAUUGCCCUUCCAAGAUAUAUAUAUCAACCCAGCGAAAGCCAAAAUGGGCUGCCACCCACGAAAUAUCUAUAUCCUUGCAAAAUGGGCUCAAUCGCAAUCACCGACCCUUUAUUCCACCCCUUCCGUCUGGGCGCUCUAACCCUCAAGCACCGCGUCAUAUUGGCACCGCUGACACGGAUGAGAGCGGGAAAGGAGUCCGAGGGUGUUUAUGUCCCGAAUGAGCUUAAUGUCGAGUACUAUUCGCAGCGAGCUUCGGAGGGAGGAUUUAUGUUGACCGAGGCGACUCCGAUUAGCAGACAUGCUGCUGGAUACCCGGGAGUGCCUGGCAUCUUUAGUCCCUCUCAGAUCGCUGGCUGGAAGAAGGUUACCGAUGCCGUCCAUGCCAAGGGCGGCUAUAUAUACUGUCAGUUGUGGCAUGUUGGCCGCGCCACAGUUUCCUCGUUUAUUGAAGGAAAGGAAGUUCUUGGAGUCAGUAACAUCCCAAUCAGCGGGAACGCACUGGACGGAUCUGAGUACGCAGCUUCGCCACCUCGGGCCAUGACUGUUCAGGAGAUCCAAGAUACAGUGCAGGAGUAUGCCGCUGCGGCAAAGCGAGCACGCGAGGCCGGAUUUGACGGAGUCGAGGUUCAUGGCGCAAAUGGUUACCUGCUUGACCAAUUCCUCCACGACAACGUCAACACCCGUACCGACGAAUACGGUGGCAGCAUCAAAAACCGAUCUCGCAUCAUCCUUGACGUCCUCAAAGCUGUCAGCUCCGAAAUCGGAGCAGACCGCGUCGGCAUCCGCCUGUCCCCAUAUAAUUAUUUCCAGGAUACGCGUGAUUCCAACCCUAACGCGAACUGGCUCGCCCUGUGUACGCAGAUCGCCAGUCUGCCAGAGGAGUCACGGCCUGCAUAUGUGCACAUGGUCGAGCCCCGGUUCGAUGAGGUGAUGGACGAAGCGUCCAAGAUCGAUUCCCUGGCUUCCGAUAAACCAUCACUGGAUGUGGGAGGGAUCUCGUUUCUGGCGGCUGGGAACUUCAACGUUGAGAAUGUGGGUGCUAAGCUUGCGACUGGCGGAGCAGAUGCUGUUGUGUUUGGUCGUUACUUCAUCUCGAACCCUGAUCUGCCGCGCCGGUUGAAGGAGGGUCUGCCUUUGGCUCCUUAUGAUCGGACCACAUUCUAUGGUGCUGAGCCUGCCGAAAAAGGUUAUACCGAUUAUCCGUUCUGCGGCAAAUAG